CUGCUCACUCUACCGAGGUUCCAGGGAACUUCUCUUCCAUCUGUCAGCAUCUCUUGUCCGUGCAGUUCCUUUUCUCUGUAAAUUCAACUAGCUUCCCUCGUUUUAGAGUUCCAAAAAUUCUAGACGAAGCUUUCCAAGACGGAAGUUUUCUGACCUACGUGUAGACUCCAACCCUUUCGCUCCUAAAAAUUUCUCUUUCAAGUCGAGAUUUUAACGAAGAAAAGUUAUGAUCGAUCGUUUGAGUCCAAAUGGUUUCUUCUUGGUUCAACAAUUGUGGAUUCUAUCAAGUAAUUUGAGGUGAUGGAUGGUGGAAGCCAUGGCUGAAAACCCUAAAAUGGGUGUAAAAAACCCUUCCAAAAUUCCCACCAGUUCUUCGCCUGCGUCGCCUAAAUCCCCACGCUUCCCUUUGCAUCUCGACUUGCUCGACAUAUCGCCGGCUGCUAAAACCAUUUGUGAAGUCCUGGUCAGAGUCUCACGGAAUGAUGUAGACGCCGCGCUGUCCGCGACGGGCGUGGCUCCGUCACCGGAGCUUGUCCAAGAAGUUCUAAGGGUUUCUUAUAACCAUCCGUCGUCGGCGAUCAAGUUCUUCCGGUGGGCGAGGCAGUUGGCGAAGCAGUCGGCAUAUUCGUGGAAUCUAAUGAUUGAUUUGCUGGGCAAGAACGAACUUUUCGAGGAAAUGUGGAAUGGCAUUCGCACGAUGAGACAAGAAAAGAUCAUUUCGUUGCCAACUUUCGUGUCCGUUUUUGGGAGUUACUGUUCUGCUGGCAGGUUCAAAGAAGCGAUGAUGAGCUUUGAAGUGAUGGAUAGGUACGAAGUUGAGAAGGAUGUGGUGGCAGUGAAUUCUCUACUGAGUGCAAUUUGCACUGAGGAAAAUCAAACAUCAAAGGCAUGGGAGUUCUUUGAGAAGUAUAAAGAGAAGAUUCCUCUUGAUGGGGACUCAUUCGCCAUUUUAUUGGAAGGUUGGGAGAAAGAAGGCAAUGUGGAGAAAGCUGAGGUUGCAUUUGGUGAAAUGGUGAAAAGGAUCGGCUGGAAUCCUGAAAAUGUUUCAUCUUAUGAUGCAUUUUUGACAACAUUGGUUCGUGGGGGUCGAUCUGAAGAGGCAAUCAAAGUUCUUUUAGAAAUGAAGAAGAAUGGUUGUUUGCCAGGUUUGAAAUUUCUGUCCAAUGCUCUUGAUAGUCUAAUUCAGCAAAAUGAUGCAAACCAUGCAAUUCUAUUGUGGGAUAUAGUUGUGGGAAGUGGAUUAGUUCCUAACUUGAUUAUGUACAAUGCCAUAAUCGGACUGCUCAGCGAGAAGAGUAAGAUCAAAGACUCAUUUCGGCUCUUUGAUGCCAUGGUUUUCCAUGGUGCUUUUCCUAACUCCUCAACUUACAACCUGAUCUUUAGCUGUUUGAUUAAGAAUAAGAAAGUUAAGGAAGCAAGUCAAUUUUUCAGGGAGAUGGUAAAGAAUGAGUGCCCUCCUACCCCUUCUAAUUGUGCUGCAGCUAUCACAAUGUUGUUUGAUGGUUAUGACCCUGAAACAGCCAUUGAUAUAUGGAACUACAUGGUUGAGAAUCACAUCAAACCUAUGGAUGCAAGUGCAAAUGCACUGCUCAUUGGCCUCUGCAACUUGGAUCGGUUAACAGAGGUUAAGAGCUUCGCCUACGAUAUGCUCGAUCGGCGAAUUGGAAUAUUGGAAUCAACUAUGAAGUUCUUAAAGAAUAGUUUCUAUCAGCAGAGGGGAGGUUUAAGAGAGAAUUAUGAUAGUCUUUUGCGUAGGUGGAGAGCUUCUUCAAUUUUGUAGUUUUUACCCUAUCUUCAAUUCAUUCUUGGUGUUUUCACAAGCUCAAUACAUAGCAGCAUUAGUGAUCUCCUUGAGGCAAGUAGAAUUACCUCGUCUACAUGAAUCAUUUUGACCUUAGCAAUAUAUCACCUACUUCACCUCA